GGCUCGAGCUUACGCUUCCGAACUUUGAUGUCGUCUACGCAUGAACAGCCUACUCAGCAGCCGCAACGGGUUAGAAAACCUGCAUUUUCAGACUGGCCGACAAUCAAGAUACUUACGCCUCCCCAGGGACGUUUCUCUCUCAAAACUGACGAGUGGUGUAUAACGUACUGCACGCAGACAGUCAAAGGCCGUUUUGACAGCCAGGAGCCUUCAUGUCGAUCUUUGUGCAUUCGGAGGAUAUUUGCCCAUGAAGUCCGGAAUAUUGUGUCAUUCCGACGGCACCAAGAUGUUGAUGAAGAAGGCAAGGCAAAGUAUCCUCUACCUGCUGAGGGACAGCCCGUCAAUAUACCCCGAUAUCUGGGUGGUAAAGCAUCAGAAGAUAUGGAUGACGACGCCACAUCGCGGCCUGAACAGAGCAGAGAAACCAAGUACUGGGACGAGGGAUGGUAUCUAUGGACGAGCUCCAACCAUAUCUCAUCGGUGGAGAAGAUACAGAUGAUGAAGUAUGAUCUACGGGGGCAGGUCCGGAGAGAGCACUACAAGGAGCAGAGAAAGGCGACAUGGCAAGAGUACCAACAGUUUAUAGAACGCAACGCACAACUAGUGCACUCCCCACUACCUGACGGCGAGCAUAACAAGUGGUGGGGAGCUAUUGUGCCUCCUCCUCCAAUACCCGAGACAUCAACGCAUUCUUUGCUUAUACCAUUACCGCCUCAGAUGUCUCCAGCCUGGGAUGGUAUACGCAAACUGCUGCAGCCGACACGGCGCGUCCUAACAAUCUUCCGAGACAGUGUUAUAGCUGGGGACCAUCUAACAUUUGCAGGAAUGGUCUGGCGAAAGGCAUGGACAAAGGAGCCUUAUUUUCUUGUUCAACGGACGUUGGAGAUUGCGCGUGACAUGUGGAAAGGAGCCGGGAAGGAUGAUAACGAUGACGAGAAGGAUGGCACACAUUAGCAUGGAUGUACGUUAUAAUAUAACAGAGAAUACUAAUCUGCAAG